AACCAACCACACAGGAAGAAACAGAUAGAAAUUUUUCCUUCCUUCCUUUCCUUCCUUCUUAUAAAGCAGAGACAGCUUCCUCUUCUCCUUCUCCAAUCCAGUCACUUUCCAAGAAGAAAGAAAGCUCCCUGCUCCUCCCGCGAGAAGGAGAAGCUUCCUCCCUCAUCCAUGGCGUCCCUGUCGUUGCUGCAGUGACCGCAGGAGGAAGAAGUUGGUCAUCCCCGCGAAGGAAACAUGGCGUACAACCACGGUCAAAUGCCGCAGGAGCAAGUCCCCUUCCACCACUACUCCGACCAGGGGGGCCACCACCAGGGCAGAGAUGGCGUGCACAAGUUCUUCUCCGCCUCCAUCCUCCGCCCCCAGAACUUCCUCCGCCUCGACUCCGAGCCCAGCGCCCACGCCGACGACGCCUCCGCCGCCGCGGCCGCCGCCUCCUACAACAACGACGACGGGGCCGGGGAGGAGGAGAUGGUCGAGGACGACGACGGCGGGGGCGGCGGGGGGGAUUACGAGAGCGCGAGGCACAAGGCGGAGAUCCUGAGCCACCCGCUGUACGAGCAGCUGCUGAACGCGCACGUGUCGUGCCUCAAGAUCGCCACCCCCGUCGAUCAGCUGCCGAGGAUCGACGCGCAGCUGACGCAGUCGCAGCGAGUGGUGGCGAAGUAUUCCGUGCUGGGGAAUGGUGGGGUCGUGGACGGGAAGGAGCUCGAUCAGUUCAUGACACAUUAUGUUCUAUUGCUCUGUUCCUUUAAAGAACAAUUACAGCAACACGUUCGUGUUCAUGCUAUGGAAGCAGUGAUGGCUUGUUGGGAGCUGGAGCAAGCACUUCAAAGCUUAACAGGAGUAUCUCCUGGUGAAGGGACAGGGGCUACAAUGUCCGAUGAUGAUGAGGAUCAAGAUGAUAGUGAUGCCAAAUUGUUUGAUGGAAGCUUUGAUGGCCAUGACAGUAUGGGAUUUGGGCCUCUAGUUCCAACUGAAAGUGAGAGAUCCUUGAUGGAACGGGUGAGGCAAGAGCUGAAGCAUGAGCUCAAGCAGGGCUAUAAGGAAAAGAUUGUGGAUAUCAGAGAGGAGAUUCUGCGCAAGAGGAGAGCCGGAAAGCUGCCAGGUGACACCACCUCUCUAUUAAAAGCGUGGUGGCAAACACACUCCAAGUGGCCCUACCCAACAGAGGAAGACAAAGCAAGGCUAGUACAAGAGACGGGCUUGCAAUUGAAACAGAUUAAUAAUUGGUUUAUAAACCAACGGAAAAGAAAUUGGCACAGCAACCCUUCGUCUUCCACAGUUCCCAAGAGCAAACGCAAGAGAAGCCAUGCAGGUGAUCCGGAUAAAGAGAGACCUAUGUAAAGCAACGUCAAAAGCCACUUUCCAUCUAUUGGUUUGCAACAACUGCCACUGUGAGCCCUUUCGAGAGGAAAGGUCUCGGCUGAUAGUUAACAUGGGCAGCGAGAAGACAGCAGUUUGAAGAUGGUAUAGCAAAUGUUACGAUGGAUCAGCUAUGCAGAUCGAUAUACUUAAAACGAUGCUUAAGAAGAGAAGGGUCGAAACCCCCCCUCGGCUUCUUGCCCACCUCUUUCUAACGGAGAAGUGUAUUGCUGUGGUACUGUGUUUACCUUGCCAGAAACGUGAUGCGGCAUGAUUGCUAUUAAUAUAUCUUGUGGCGACAUUUGUGCUUAUCCGAUGCUAACCUAAUGAUCAUGUCUCUUCGUGGUGGAGUUUUUCUUUCAAAUGUUCUCAUUUGAAGCACUUCCAGUCGAAUUAUGGAAAGGAGCUUUACACAAGCAUCAUUUUAGGCAGAAGUUGCUUGCUGGUGGCUGAUAAGAACUGCACCAGUCUUGCAUCAUGGAAACAGGGUAUAAUGUUGCUUUCAGCAUCAUGUCAAAAACA